UGCAACGCUUCCAAAGAAAGCGCAACGAUAAGGUAUAGUCGUGUAAGGAGAAACCAAAACUGAAGAGCAUCGGGCUUUCCCUUUUUCCAUGGAGGUCGUUGGCAUCUCCAUCAAUGCUUCCAUGGCCCCAAACUUCUCCAUACCUCAGGUGUCAAAGGGCGAACCUUUAUUUGUUGGGGUGAUGCCAACCCCAUUUUCCUUAACGUAUAGUGGCAAAAGAAAUCCAAUCUUCAGAAAUAAUGGCUCUAAAACUGAAGUUUCACUUCGGUUGCUACCCCGCUUCAGCAAAAGUUGUUCUGCUCAGUGUUGUUUGUUUCCUAUAACUUCUGGCUGGUUUCCUAAAUGGAGGAAAAAUUCCAGUCUUAAAAGAAUGACGCAUUAUUCAGUGGACUUCGGACAGCAAGCCUCACUUGUUUUUGUGCGGUUGGCUGUCGGAGUAAUGUUGGUCAUGUCGGUUUCUCUUGCCUUCAGCAAUUCAUCCGGGGCCUUAACUGAAGAGAAUCUCCUCUUUUUGGAAGCGUGGAGAACAAUUGACCGAGCUUAUAUUGACAAAAGCUUUAAUGGACAAAAUUGGUUUAGGUACAGAGAAAAUGCACUGCGCACUGAACCCAUGAACACUCGGGAAGAGACAUAUACGGCAAUAAAGAAGAUGCUUGCCACACUAGAUGAUCCUUUCACUAGGUUUCUGGAGCCUGACAAAUUCAAAAGUUUGCGGUCUGGAACUCAAGGAUCUCUUACAGGUGUGGGGCUGUCUAUAGGCUACCCUACAAAAGGUGAUGGGCCACCUCCUGGACUCGUCGUCAUUUCAGCUUCUCCAGGGGGUCCUGCAUAUAGAGCUGGUGUUUUGUCAGGAGAUGUUAUUCUAGCAAUUGAUGAUACGAGUACAGAAAGCAUGGGGUUAUAUGACGCAGCAGAACGACUACAGGGACCUGAAGGAAGCUCUGUAGCCUUGACCCUUCGGAGUGGUCAGGAAGUAAAACACCUAUCAUUGAUGCGAGAGAAAGUUUUACUGAAUCCAGUGAAGUCAAGAUUAUGCAAGCUGCCUGCUUCAGGAAAUGAUUCCCCGUUGAUUGGUUAUAUCAAACUAACAGCUUUCAACCAAAAGGCAUCCAAUGCCGUCAAGGAAGCAAUCAAUACAUUGCGGAGUGAUAAUGUUAAUGCGUUUGUUUUGGACCUUAGAGAUAAUAGCGGUGGUCUCUUCCCAGAAGGAAUCGAGAUUGCCAAAAUUUGGUUGGACAAAGGUGUGAUUGUAUAUAUUUGCGACAGUCGUGGUGUUCGAGAUAUACUCGAUACAGAUGGAAGCAAUGCAAUAGCAACGUCAGAACCUCUAGCUGUAUUGGUGAAUAAGGGAACAGCUAGUGCAAGUGAAAUAUUAGCUGGUGCAUUGAAAGAUAAUAAACGGGCCAUCCUAUUUGGAGAACCCACAUUUGGAAAAGGGAAGAUUCAGUCAGUGUUCGAGCUCUCUGAUGGUUCCGGAUUGGUUGUUACUGUUGCUCGUUAUGAGACACCUGAUCACACUGAUAUCGACAAGGUCGGUGUCAUACCUGACCACCCUUUACCAGCAUCCUUUCCUAAGGAUGAGGAUAGCUUUUGCAGCUGCCUCCAGGAUCCCACUUCUUCUUGUCAUGUCAAUAGAGUCCAGCUAUUUGCAAGAUGACGACUGGCUUUUUUCAUACCAACAUUUCUGAGAAAGAGGGCAAUUCUUUUGACAAGUAAUGAGUUUUGCUGGCUAUUGAUGAUCACAUGUCUCCAAUUGAAGAAACACUUGUGAGUGUCGCUGAUUCCUUUAUUAUUGAUUUUUCCUUUGCUUGAGUUUGGUGCAAAGCCUAAACAUUUCCAUGAUCUGAAACGUCAAAAUGUCACAUUAAACAGAAGCCAUGUUAUGCGAAUAUCUUUCGAAACAUAAUUCUAAAUCAUUGAUUUUUCCUUUGAGUGAAA